AGGCUGCUGGGAAAAGAUGGCAGCUUCCUUUUGUUUGUGCGGAUUUACUGUACUCCGGGAGGGUCUUUAAAGACUUUCCUCCGUCUCUACACAGGUGUACAUCGCUCACUCGGGGUUCACACCGACCGCUGUCCCAACACUUUAACCGGGAGAACAUGGAGAAGUGCGGGAGCAUCGACAGUUUGGGCUCGAAACGCUCCUCUUCACGGCAGCCAAGUGUUGAUUCAUUGUCCAGUACGUCCACCUCUCGCUCGGACCGGUCUGCCCAGGCCAAGCCGCCCUCUGUGAUGUCCUCUGACUCUGUGUCCACCUCUGCAGAGUUUUCCCCGGAGCUCAGGGUCAAACCCAAAACUCCUGCCAAGCAGAUGCUUAGAGAUUCAGACAAAGAGGAACCACAGUUGCUUCCAAAUGAAACUGUGCAAGACAUGGCCCAAGAUGUCACCUACUUCUGUCCUUUCACUGGAGCACUGAGGGGAACGGUGACGGUCACAAACUACAGACUGUUCUUCAAAUGCAUGGACAGGGAGCCAGCGUUUGUGCUGGACCUGCCCCUUGGUGUGGUGAGUCGUGUGGAAAAAAUUGGAAGUGCAUCAAGCCGUGGUGAUGUGUCCUAUGGGCUGGUUUGUAAGGAUAUGCGUAAUCUACGUUUUGCACACAAACAGAUGGAGGACACACUGAGGAAGUCCAUUUUCGAAGUGCUGAUAAAAUAUGCGUUUCCUGUUUCCAACGGGCUGCAAAUCUUUGCCUUUGAAUAUGGACAAGUCUUUCCUGAAAACGGAUGGAAGGUGUAUGACCCUGUCUCGGAGUACAAAAGACAGGGCAUACCCAAUGAAAGCUGGAGGAUAACAAAAAUAAAUGAUCACUACGAGCUGUGUGACACCUACCCAUCAACUUUGGCAGUGCCUGUCAACAUACCGGACGAAGAGCUGAAGAGGGUAGCUGCUUUCCGAGCAAAGGGCAGGAUACCUGUUUUGUCGUGGAUCCAUCCAGAGAGCCAAGCGACAGUGACUCGCUGCAGUCAACCCAUGGUUGGGGUAAAUGGGAAGCGCAGCAAAGAGGAUGAGAAAUACCUCCAGGCGAUCAUGGACGCUAACGCUCAGUCCCAUAAACUCUUCAUUUUUGAUGCCAGGCCCAGUGUCAACGCUGCUGCCAAUAAGAUGAAAGGGGGAGGAUAUGAGAGCGAGGAUGCUUAUCAAAAUGCAGAGCUGGUGUUCUUGGAUAUCCACAAUAUCCACGUGAUGAGGGAGUCACUCCGCAAGCUGAAGGAUGUGGUCUACCCCAAUAUCGAGGACUCCCACUGGCUCUCUAAUCUGGAGUCCACUCACUGGCUCGAGCACAUCAAGCUGAUCCUGGCGGGAGCCCUGCGGAUUGCAGACAAGGUGGAGUCUGGGAAAACGUCAGUGGUUGUUCACUGUAGCGACGGUUGGGACCGCACAGCCCAGCUCACCUCCUUGGCCAUGCUCAUGCUGGACAGUUACUACCGCACCAUUCGCGGCUUCGAGGUGCUGCUCGAGAAGGAGUGGCUGAGCUUCGGUCACCGCUUCCAGCUGCGAAUCGGUCAUGGCGAUAAAAAUCACACAGAUGCAGACCGCUCACCUGUUUUUAUUCAGUUUAUUGACUGCGUUUGGCAGCUGACUCGUCAGUUUCCUGCAGCCUUUGAGUUUAACGAAUACUUCCUGGUAACCAUCCUGGACCACCUGUACAGCUGUCUAUUUGGGACAUUCUUGUGUAACAGCGAACAGCAGAGGUUGAAGGAAGAGAUUCCCAAGAGGACAGUGUCAUUGUGGUCUUACAUUAACAGCCAGCUGGAGGAGUUUACCAAUCCUCUGUAUGUGAACUACUCCAACCAUGUGCUGUUCCCUGUUGUCAGCCUACGCCACCUGGAGCUUUGGGUUGGCUACUACAUCCGCUGGAACCCUCGCAUGAGACCUCAGGAACCUAUUCAUCAGCGCUAUAAAGAGCUGCUGGCGAAGCGUGCCGAGCUACAGAAGAGAGUGGACGAGCUACAGCGAGAGGUGACCAAUCGCUCAGCUUCCUCUUCCUCUGAGCGGGCGGGCUCCCCCACACGCUCCAUCACUCCUGUGCAGACUUUUGUUUGACAAAACUUGGCCCUCAUUGCGUUUUCAGAAGCAGAAUCCUACCUGUGAGAAGGUGACAUACAGUUGUAAUGAAUAGGCCGCACCUGGCGCCAUUGGAGGGCCUGUGUACCAAACUGCCUCUUUGAGUGACACACCACAUUAAUACACUACCACCAAAAGUCUGAUUAGGCAGAUUACUGUUUUGCAUCUCUCACAGGUCAUGUAGAAUCUGCUUGCAACAGAAGAGUGUCUGUCUCAGACCGCUUGACUACAGCCAUAUUGUACUCUUCCUCCAGGGUUGAGAGGACUUGUAACCAGAGUAUUGGGAACUGUUUAGCAUAUCGACCUACCUACAAUGAGUGUUGCUAGUAUUUGAAGUACACUAAAAUAUUACUCGGGUUAAAUAUGUAUGCCUUAUACAUGUCAUAGGAGCACUCACUUCAUUCCUCUACACUGCAAAUGUUUGUUAGAUAAUGAUUUAAUGAGCUGAAGCAAUUGUGAAGACGUACAAUGCUGCAAAUAUUGUUUAGAGGUCAAAACUCUAGUUCUAACAUCAACUAAACGCUGCAGGAUUUGUUAAAUACUGAUUUAAAAAUGUAGCUCAAGGGCUGUACUGUUAGCUUCUAAUGUUAAAAAAUGGUAAUAGAAUUAAAAAAGUUGACGGAUUGUCUUCACAAAUCAAUGCUUAUAGAUAGUUGUGACCAAAUAUCUUCUUUUUUUUUAAAAAUAUAAAUAAUGUGUCAUAUAUUACAUUCCUGUCAUUGAGUGAUUUUCUCAAUUUUGUAAGUUUCAUUUUUCUAACUAGUCUGUGUUAUUUAUUAUCCUUUAGUCCAGACUUGUAUUUAUGGCUCACAUACACACUCUGUCUUAUGUCAUAUAAAUUGAGUAGAGAUUUUCCCAUACAAUGGUAACAAGCUGCACAGAAUAUGCAAUCGUUCAUUUGCAAUCACCCACUUAAUGGUCAUUUACUCAAAAUGUUUGUGUGAACAUUUCUUGCAGAUACUUUUUAAAGCUGGUAUCAGCCAGGUAGGGUUCUUUUUUAUAGGCAGCAGAAACUGUAACAACUAAUAAUUUUCUUUGGGUGUUUUGUUUUUUAUUUUGGGUUUUUUUUUUUAGUUUAUUAAAUCUGAAUGAAUAUCUGUGCCUUGCUCUGGGUGAUUGGGAGUAAUAUGAGAAUAGUGUGCAAGGUUUGUAAUUGCCAAGGUUAAACGCAAAAUACAGUGUUAGUCAGCCUUUCACUGUGUAUGUGAAUACUUGCAAUAAACACAGGACUGAACUUCAAAGAGUCAGCAUGGUUUAUUCUAUUAGCAUCAGGUGUGAAUGCACCGACUUCCAGUCUAUUUCCUGGGUGUUAGUGUUUAAAGUGACAGCAGAGCCUCGUAAUUAUUUCUGGUUGUGAAACAGUGCCUUUUAUUUUAAAUGAAAAAAUUAAGUUAAUUAAAGGCUGAAACUUAAGGCUGCCAGACAACCAUAGUCAAUGUUUCAUUUUCAUAUCUAAAUAUUAGAUGACUAGCAAUAAAUUGGCUUAAAGGCAUCCUUUACCCAUUAUCAUGCUUAUUAUUCUCAUGACUUAAUGUAUGCCCAACACUUGAAAUACAUUUCUUUUUCCACGUAUAUUAAAUGACUCUCCCUCCAAAAACUAGAGCUUUUUAAGUGUGACCAUUUCUCUGCACAGUUUAAGUGAAGCUGCAAUGCUGUGUGUACUUCAUUAUUUCCAAAC